AUGGGGGACUAUCACUAUAUCUACAAGGACUUGGACGGAGCCUCCACCCAGUGGAACGAUAAUCAGGCAAAGCUUGGCAAUCUUCCGCCCAAGAAACCAGCGUUUAAGCCUCCUCCCUUCACUCCGGCCGACGACGAAGCCUCUCUUCCUAAAGACAAGUCUUGGACUGAUGAUAAGACCCAACAGGACCUCGAAGACGAUCCCGAUCUGGGCGACGAUCCCGAUCUGGACGACGAUCUCUUCCUCGAGGAAUACAGGAGGAAGAGGUUGUUUGAAUUGAGAGAAGCGGCUGAGGUUGCAAGUUUUGGAUCGGUGGUUCCAAUUUCGGGAUCAGAUUUUGUGCGUGAGGUUUCUCAAGCUCCACUUGAUGUUUGGGUGGUGGUGAUUCUCUACAAAGAAGGAAUUGCAGAAUGUGGAUUGUUGAUGCAGUGUCUCGAAGAUUUGGCAACCAAGUACCCAGAUACCAAAUUUGUGAAAAUAAUAUCCACGAUUUGGGGGACGAUAAGAUGGAGCUGCUGGUGCUAA